UCUCUCUCGCUUUCCCCUCCCCAUUCCGUUCGAGAGGGUUUGCACGCAUCGGAAGAGCAAUCACGCACCUGCACGCACGCGCGAGGGGGAUUUCGCGCUAGGGUUUCGGGGCGGCGCUGCGGGGGCCCUUCAUGGCCUCGCCGGCGGCGGCGGCGGGGGAUGGGGCGCUGACGGGGGAGGCGGUGAGCGCGGGGUUCGCGGAGCUGGAGCGGCAGCAGCAGCUGCUGGCCAGCUGCACGCGCCUGUACCAGCAGCUCUCGGACCACUUCGCGUCGCUGGAGCGCGGGCUGGCGGCGCGCUCCGACGCGAUCCGCCACAAGCGGCGCGCCGUGGAGGCGCGCACGGGCCGCGCGCUCGACUCGCUCCGCCGGCGCGAGCUCUCCAUCGACGGCUCCGUCUCCCGCGCGCUCGAGCAGCUCGACUCCCUCGCGGCCGCAGGAGGCUCUGGAGGCCAGGAGGGGUCGUCCGUCUCCGAGGACGCCGCGGGCCUCGCCGACGGCCUCAGGGCGCUCUGCGCCAGGAUGGACUCCGCGGCCUUCUUCGGCUUCGUCGCCGCGCGCCGCAAGGAGGCCGACUCGCUGCGCUCCGAGAUGCCGCCCGCGCUCAAGUGCUGCGUGGAUCCGGCCAAGUUCGUCAUGGACGCCGUCGCCGACGUCUUCCCCGUCGACAGGCGGGAGGCGAAGAACCCCGCCGACCUGGCCUGGGCCUGCGUGCUCAUCCUGGAGGCGGCCGUGCCGGCGCUGGCCGACCCGGACCCGGAGAUCGGGGCGGCACGGCCCUUGGUGCCGCGGGCCGCGCGUGAGCGCGCGCGGGGCAUGGCGAGGGAGUGGAAGGAGGCGGUGGAGCUCAAGGGUGGGGUGGAGGGGGCCAAGCCCCCCGACGCGCACGCCUUCCUGCAGCUCGUCGUCACAUUCGCCGUCGCGGAGAGGGCCGACCGCCUGCUGUACCGGAGGAUCGUGGUCAGCUUCUCCUGGCGCCGACAGAUGCCCCGCCUCGCUCUGGCCGUCGGACUCGACGAAGAUAUGCCUGAUAUCAUCGAGGAACUAAUUGCUAAGAGGCAGCAGCUUGAUGCAGUGAAUUUUGCAUAUGAGGCUGGACUUCAGGAGAAGUUCCCCCCAGUUCCUCUUUUGAAAUCCUAUUUGGAGGACUCGAAGAAGACAUCAUGUACUGUUUCAGAUAACUUGAGCACCAGCAGUGGCCAAUCUGGGAGCAACACAAACAAGAAAGAGCAGUCAGCGUUGAGAGCUGUGAUAAAGUGCAUUGAGGACCGCAAACUGGAAUCUGAGUUUCCACCAGAGGAUCUUCAGAAGCAGCUUGAAGACCUGGAGAAGGCCAAGACCGAGAAGAAAAAGGCAUCCUCAAGCGCCUCCAGCGGCGGUAGCAGCGAGCCUGCCAACAAGCGCAUCCGGGCAAGCAAUGGAGGCCCGAUGCCUCCUGCUAAGGCAGGGCGUCUCGCUAACAACACUUCUGUGUCUUCGUUACCAGUGGCCGCCACAUUUGUCCGCUCCCCAUCUCACACAUCAUAUGCCUCCCCAUCUCAAACAUCAUAUGCCUCCCCAUCUCACACAUCAUAUGCCUCCCCACCUCACACAUCAUAUGCCACAGCCUCUCCCUACCCUUAUGAUAGGCCGGCCGCCCCUGGCCUCUACUGUAACCGGAGCCCUCCGGCGAUCAGGGAGCCAUAUAUCUACCGUGCUGAGGAGCUACCCAGUGUCAGCUUUGGAAUGCCGUACCCCUCCCCUCCCAUGACCUACCCUGCACCCUAUGGCGGAUACACCAAUGGACUGCCAGCUUACAACAAUGGAAUGGCCCCUGCAUUCCACCAGGCUUACUACCGGUAGGAGCAGUCAGGAAACGUCGCUGAUGAAUGACAUGACAAUAACCAAUGAUGCCGACGACUCAACACGCGUAAUGGCCCUAUUUUGUAGUGACUGACUACAACAGUAGGCUGGGUAUCUCAUCUCAAUUCUCAUAUGUUCUUAUCACUACUAAAUGCUUUAUUUUAGUUCUCUCAUGUUAGACCACUACUCUGUAAUACUAAGAAACCUGGAUGUAAAUUAUGUAUGCCCAUCUGCGAGACUUACCACCGUCCUAUUGUAAUUCUGUUCGGGAACAAGGAGAAGACAUUAAAAAAAGUACCAUGUAAUCCUUCAGCGCUCGAUCGGCCAUGGAAUUAUUUAAAUCAAUUCAGUUUUGAGCUUAUGCAAAAA